UUUGUUUCAUAAGCUUUUGGGGGGGCUGUGUGAAGGGUUAGACGCCGAUUAUUGAGUUCGAGAAAGCUAUUGAGAGCUGUUGUUUGUAGCUGGGCUAGCUAGAGGAUGAUGGCUAGCUGACAGAUUACACAGAGCUAGUCAUUGUUUAAACAAAGGUUUCCAGUAACGUGAUUCACAAACAGAUCUAUAAUCACAGCGCGCUAGCUCCAGCUAGCUUAAAUUAGCCGGCUGUGUUCCAAAUGCUUAAAUAGGGUGCUUAACUACUGCAUGAUAGACUUUACCCACAGCAGCCUUGUUGCUGUUUAUAGCUCACUAAAGCGCUUCGCAGUUGCGUGAAUAAAACACGUAGCUUUUUCUGAGAGGUGAAAUUUAUAGAAAGAAACAGAUAUGUAGUUGUAAAUCUCAGCAGCUUUCCCCCUCACCUUCACUAUGAGCUCAGUGGUAAACAGCAGAAAGACCUUUAUUGACACACAGCCAUGACUUUGUCCUUUGCGCUUUUGUUUACUUUCUCACCGUCAGCUGAAACAGCUCUCACAAUACAAAAGUGACCAACAUUGUGGAAGUCUUCUGAAGAUCACGUGUCUGAACCAUCUCCACAGGUGUAGUGAAAAGCAUUCAGUCAGCGGAGACAGAAGCUGAAACAUGUCUGCAGUAAAGACGGAAGAUUCAGCCAGUGGAGUGAGUGUGGUGAAUGGUGGAGGACCCGUGUACGAGGAUAAAGAGGAAAAUGACAAUGCCAGACCUGAAGAUCUCUCCGAGUUGCUGGCUGCAGGAACCAAACAAGUUCAUGAGCAAGCUGAGAACACGCAGUUUGUCAAAGAUUUCCUUCAUGGACGCAUACGCAAAGAACUCUUUAAGCUUGGAGCCGUGGCGCUCUACUACACCUAUUCAGCCAUGGAGGAAGAGAUUGAGAAAAACAAGGAUCACCCACACUUUGCACCUCUUUAUUUCCCCAACGAGCUUCACCGACAUGAGGCCUUGGCUCGGGAUCUCGAGUACUUCUAUGGUGAGGACUGGCAGAGUCAGAUCAGCUGCUCUCCUGCCACUCAGCGCUACGUGGAGCGCAUUCGUGAAAUCGGUCUUGAAGAUCCUGUGCUGCUGGUGGCUCAUGCAUACACGCGCUACAUGGGCGACCUCUCAGGGGGUCAGGUGUUGAAGAAAGUGGCCCAGCGUGCCCUCAAGCUGCCUCCUACUGGAGAGGGAGUCUUCUUCUAUCAGUUCGACAACAUCCACAACAACAAAGCUUUCAAGCAGCUGUACCGCAGCCGAAUGAAUGAGCUGGAGCUCGACGCCAGCACCAAGGACAGUCUUGUUCAGGAGGCUGUGCGGGCUUUCCAGUUCAACAUAGAGGUUUUCAAAGAGCUGGAGGAAAUGGGGAAGACGAUUCAGGAAGAUGUUCUGGAUGGAGGACCCAUCCAUGGCCAUAUGCAAGGAGAUAUCAGCAAAUGUCCAUACUAUGCCGCCAAAAUGGCUGCCAGUGGAGGUUCAGCAUAUGUUUAUCAGAUGGCUGCAGUACUCCUCAGAAACCCCACAGGGCAGGUGCUGGUAGCUGCAUGGAUCGCUGCUCUUGCCGGAUUGGUUGCUUGGUACCUCAUAUGAUUCCUUCAUGUCUGUGGAAUUGUAGAAGUGAAAUGUUUAUGCUGACAUUGGAGCACUUUCCCCUUACCAGUAUCCUAAUCAAUAGCCAAAUGCUAAAGCUAAUUGUCUCAGAUGAGAUGACCAUGAAGGAGGAACUUCCAUCAUCAACCUCAAAAGAGUAGGAUAACGGUUUGGGUCUAAUGGACACAUACACAUUCUUUACUUUCUUCUUCUUCUUCCUGGGAAACGAUGCGUCCCACUCGCCUUUCAGUUACUGAGUGAACGUGAAUGAACGAACGUGUAUACUUUAGAAAUAUUUUCACAUCAAGGAUCUGUGCUGCAAAGCGAAUUGCAUAUAGAGCCAGUUGAGCUCACAGGUUUACAUACGCCUGGCUGAACCUGCAAAAUGUUAAUCAUUUAAAAAGAAUAAGAGGGAUUAUAACAAGUUGUGGUGUUUUUGAGAGUUCUGCCCUGAUUAAGCUAUUUCACAACAAUAACUGUAAAUUAUUAUUUGUCUUCUGGGUAACAUGCUAAUAUCUUAUGAACCUUCUGAAGGGCAUUGCUAAAUGGGGGGUGGGGCUAAAAAAAAUCACCCUAUUCAAAAGUUUACACCCCUGGCUCUUAAUGUAUUGUGUCGCCUUCUUUAGCAUCAGUGAAUGUUUGCACCUUUUGUAAUAGUGUUUGAGUCACUCAGUUGUCCUCAGUGUGAAAACAUGGAACAUAGCAUCAUAUAAUCAUUGCUAGAAAAAGGCCAGAUAUGCAGAAGAUGCAGGAAAAGCAAAUAAUGUGCAGGACAUGGAGGGUAUUUCUGAAGGGAGAGGUUUAACUGCUAAGGACAAACGGGUCUCAUGAAGAACUCGCAAAACAAAAACAAUCACUGGUCACUGAAAAACACAAUGUUAAGAGUCAAGCAACCUUCUGAACUGGUUUAUUUUGUGUAUAUUCAGUUAUUAUUGUGUCUUUUGAAGCAUAUUUACUCAAAAUAUUAACAUUUUGCAGACUCUGGAAGGCGUAUGUAAACUAACCACCUUAACUGUAACUACUUUAUACUUACUACUAUUACAAUAGCUGCUUUGUGUUGUAUUAAAUUCAUUUCAGAAUAUUAAGUUCAUUUUUAAAGAACACAUUUAUGCCCUAGCCUAAACUUGUGGUUUUGUGGUCCUUGUUUCUGCAUGCCUGACUGUGAGCUUUGUGAGGUUGUAGAGUUCACGGUACUUAUAUUGAAAAAGCUUCAGAAACCGGCUCAUGAGUGCGGCUCUAUACCUUUCGCUGGUCGACCCCAUGACACAUGCUGUAAUCCUUCACUACUUCUAGGUAGCUAAAUAAAUAGUCUUGCCUGCUCUCAAGAUUAAACAUCACUGGUAAAGAUUACAUCAAGAUUGAUUUCAUUCUGGUAAAGCUCUGGAGGUGUUAGUCUGUCUUGCCUGUGUGCAUCCACACAAAGUGGGACCACACAAAACUAAUCAAAACCCCAGUAGUAGCUUUUUGUAGUUACACUGCAGCAUUGGAAUAUUAUCAGUGAAAUGUUCUAGACUCAGUCAUGUUGUAAAUUGCUGUACAUAUUUGUCAAGUGCUCUGCAGUGAAACACUCGUAUUAGCAGCCAGAAGAAUUGCAUGUAAAGCAUGAACCGGUGGUUUUGUACAAAAAAAAACCAGUAAAACGGUGUGGAAUCGCAUACACUGCACUCUCACCCCAAGCCAGCAAUGAUCAUCUACCCACAACUCCCUGCAGUUAUGUGUAAGGACCAAUCACAGAGAAUGGAUAGGAAGCACUUUCUAAAGUAAAUUUUGUUGAGUUGAGCUUGUCAUGAAAAAGAAUUGGUUAUAACAUUCAUAUAUAAUGUUAUAACAAAUAUCCUAAAAUGACUACAUUACUUAAUUCAUAUAUAUUCACCUACUUCAUAUCAGCAGCAGUGGUCUUCAGUCUUAUCCACAAAAAGCUGCAGGCUUUCAUUCCUGGGAGAACAUUUACACUUGAUAAUUUAAGUAAUAAUUUAAGACUGAGUAAACUGACUAAACAAGUGAACUCAGUGGCUCCUGCUUGGUUUAAAUGAAAGGUUGCAGCCGCACCGGUACUGAUUGUGGAUAAGAGCGAAGAUGUCUGAUCUAUAACCAUUACACAAGACUUUGCUCUGAGCUCCUACAUGGAGCCCCAUAGGAGGAGGACUGUGGCAUUAGGACAUCAUUUAGGACAGGGCCUACUCUACUCUAAUCUGAGAAUUAUUGUUUCGUCCAAAUCAGUUCUUGAUGCAGUAGGCAGUUGUGUUUAGACAGUUUAAUAUAUACUAGUGUCAUGAGAUAUGUUUUUGCAAAAUUCUAGUGCCACGCUGUUAUUGUGUUCAUGAAUAUGAAGUAAGUGUUAGAUAAUACAGCAUAUAUUACUUACCAAAAGCUAUUUAAAAUGGUGUUACUGACAGGGUGAUUGUUUUGUGUUUUUUUUCCUUCAACUAAAGACACGAAUAAAUAACAAGUCAGCCUGAGGUUGUCCUUAAUGUUGGAGAAGUUACUAACAUUUUUCAGCUGGCAGUAACAUUAGGCAUACACCAAUUCAGAAGCUUAGUAUUAAAAAAUGUAAGGAAAAGAAGCUUAAAUGCUCUCACAAAGCUCCUAGACAACAUUUGUGAAAGUGAAUAAUGUAGGCAAUAAUAAAAACUAAGGUCAGGUUGUAGCUGAGGAGUGUAUUAAUAGUAUAUUUGCACAAAGCAGUGUGCUGAUGGUUCGAGUACUGGUGCUGUUUCAGAUCACUUGGGCCCUAUUGAUUUAACACGGGUAUCUCUUAAUGUUCGAAAAGGGAUCCUGCACACAAACCGCCUCAUUUGCACACUCUCUUAUACUGUAUAUGCACAGGAAAUUAUUUCCUAGAUUUUAUCAUUUGGUCUCAUCUGAUUAAAAUAUUAGAGAGAAAUUUGCUUUUGCUAUAUUGGAGUGCAAUUUACAUACUGACAACAAAUUUUGUGUAAGCUUUCCUGGACCCAGAGAACACUGUCCUAUCAUUUAAGUGCUAUCUAUUAGAAUUUGGAUUUUUUUUUUUUUUAUAGCAGAGACUACACUGGAAUUCUAGUCAUGUUCACCGAAUUCAUUACAAUAGCAGGCUGCAUAUGCUGAAGUUCGAUUUUUCAGAAAAGGCUUUGCAAAGAAGCUGGUGUUAGAAGAAAUGCACAUAAAUGUUACAUAAAGGUUGAUGUGUAUUUUGACAAAUGCUGCUGACAAACAGAAAAUUAAACAGUGAUAAAGUUGAAUACACAGAGUUUGUAAAAGCAAAAUGAGAGUCCACAUCAAAUGGCUUUAUUCAUUCAUUCAGUUAUGUAUUGCAGCUUUAACUGGGGACUAUACUAUAGUGGAACAGCUUAACAGUACAAUUAGCUUAGGAUUAGUAACUGUUUUUGCUGAUAGCUCUGUCUGUCUGCACAUUAUGUAUCCUUUGUACCUUCCCACUAUGUGAUUAAUCUUGUAGACUAAUAAAGACUUUUCCAACACA